AUGGCACUGGAACAGCAGAUGGUGCAGUUCAACCUCCAGGACUGUCGGCCUUUAGACUUCGACAUGGUUAUCACGCCGCCUUCGGAAAAUGAGCACGAAUCACACGAUAAGAUGGUGAAUCCCCCUCGCUACGACCGCGGCACCGUUCAGACGCCGCCCAGCCCGAGCGGGCCUGGUCCCGCAGACCCCAUGAGCCGAAUUUAUCGCUUCACGCCUACCCCGACAAUGGUGCUGAAUGAAUCGCUGCAGAUCGUUGAAUUAUCCGAGAGUUACCUGGCAUUGGUACAUCGCCGCCGGGAAAACUUACUGACGAGGAGCCUCUACGAUCUAUCCCCACAUCUCGUGUCCGCCCCAGAUGUGGCGUCACUCAGCGGCGUGUUGGCUACUGCCAUCUCGACUCGCGCGCCCCAGGUUCUGCAGGUAGCCCCGGCCGCGAAAUACCAGCCGGAUCGCCAACUUCGGGUCACACCGAUCUUUGAGGGGAAUAGUCUGAUCUAUGUGCUGCUAGAGAUGCAUCCGAUUCAGACUGAACUGCCCCCAUCUCAGUCAGCCGAGCAGGAGAUUUCGGAAGAAACCUACAAAGUGCUCAUUGACGCCGUGAAGGAUUGCGGCAUCUUUAUGCUGGAUACUCGAGGUCACGUCGCAACGUGGAACAAAGGGGCCUCGAUGCUGAGUGGAUAUUCGACGGACGAGAUUUUGGGCCAGCAUUUUUCUAUUUUCUAUGGGGCCGACGACCGUGUGGCCCAAAAACCCGCGCGGGAGCUCGAAAUGUGUGUGCAGAACGGUAAGGUGGAAGAUGAGGGAUGGCGGUACCGCAAAGACGGGAGCCGAUUUUGGGCGAACGUGUUGCUCUCCCCGGUCUACCAACAGGGGCGGCUGGCGGGCUUCGCCAAGGUCACUCGCGACCUCACAGAGCGCCGAAGCGCCGAAGCGCGUUUGAUCGAAGCCUAUGAAGAAUCUUCCAAGAUGAAAAUGGAGUUCUUGGCGAACAUGUCCCACGAAUUGCGCACGCCGAUGAACGGGAUGCUGCUGGCCCUGACCACGUUGAUGAAGACCCCUCUGACUGGAGAUCAACAGGAAUAUGCCUCGAUCUUGGAGGACUCGACGACCAUCUUGUUGCAGGUCAUCAAUGAUGUGUUAGACUACUCCAAGCUUUCCUCGGGGUCUUUCUCAUUAACCACUGAUGUGUUGAACGUUCCGAGCAUCCUCAACGCCGUGGUUCGCAACUGCCAGCCCUCCUUGAAAGCCGGGGUAGUCCUUGAGUCCACGAUCGCCCCGGGCUUCCCUGAAAACACCAAGGGUGACCCAUUGCGUUUUCGCCAGGUCCUUCAAAACUUGGUUGGAAACGCUGUCAAGUUCACCGAGAAAGGUUAUGUACGGGUCAAAGCGUCGUACGCCGUCCAUCCCAGUGAUUCCCAGGCGUAUGUCAUCUCCAUCCAGGUGGAAGACAGCGGCAUCGGGGUUCCGGAGACCGCCGCGAACACGCUCUUCACCCCAUUCACUCGCUUUGCCGAUUCGGCUACCCGGCGUUACCAGGGGACUGGACUCGGCCUCUCCAUCUGCAAAAGUCUUGCUGAACUGAUGGAUGGUGCCGUUGGUUUUCACAACAAUCCCCAGCAACCGGGCAGUGUGUUUUGGCUGACCGUCAAGAUGAGCCGUGUGGAGCGGCCCGUUGCGCGACUCUUCCGAAGCCUCCAAUCGUCCGGCGAGUCACCGGUCGUUGAUACAUCUGUGAUGUUGCAGAGAGUCGCCGCACAGAAACAGAUCCUGUUGGUUGAGGAUAACAAAGUCAACCAGACGAUCAUGCUCAAAUUGCUGGGCACCCUCGGAUUCCAAAAGGUGGAGGCUGCGUGGGAUGGUGCGGAAGCCGUGAGAUUGGUCAAGCAGAAACCCUUGGCGUACCAUGUCAUCUUGAUGGACAUUAGCAUGCCGGUGAUGGACGGCCUGACCGCGACUGAACAGAUCCGCGAGAUGAAGGUGAACGUGCCCAUCAUUGCGCUGACGGGGCAUGCCUUGAAGGGAGACGCUGAAACAUACCUGUCACGAGGCAUGGAUGACUAUAUCGCCAAGCCACUCCAUCGUCAGCAGAUCAUCGAUGUGUUGUGGAAAUGGUGUGGCUCGGACAGCCAUGGCAGUUGA